AUGGCGCCAGCGUACGACGUUCCCAUAGUCGACAUCUUCCAGAUGACAAGCAAAAAGCUUUUUCACUUCUUUUACUUUGGCCUGAUUGUCCUGCUUCUGCUCUCAGCUGGUGUUGGGAGCACUUCCAUUGAGUCCAGGAAUCUUUAUCAGUUCAAUAAAAUGAUUAAAUGUACCAACCCAGGCGUCAUCCCACCACUGCAAUUCAAUGACUACGGCUGUUACUGUGGACCUGGUGGAUCUGGGACACCAGUGGAUGAGUUUGACCGGUGCUGCCAGACCCAUGACAAGUGUUAUGAAGAUGCUGACAAAAAAGAGAAGUGCAGAACUGUCUUUUCACCCAAAAUGAUAUAUUACAAGUACAGCUGCUCAAAGGGGAAAAUCAAAUGUACAAGUGGUAAUUAUCACUGCGCGAAGUUUAUCUGUGAAUGUGAUCGAAAGGCGUCCAUCUGCUUCUCGAAAGCAAAAUACAACCCUAAGAAUAAAGGCAUCAGUCAAUCACGCUGCAAAUAG